UGGCCGGGGCUGCCGGUGGGGCGCGCGCCCGGCGGCCGGGGCUCCCCUCUGAGCGGCGGCGGCUCGUGCGCCUGCCCGGGGGGCCGCCGCAUCGGCGCCGCUGAGGCGGAGGACGGACCGACAGGCUGCCCGCCCUCCCCCCGUUCAAACCGGGACCAUGACGGUCCCCAAGGAGAUGCCGGAGAAGUGGGCCCGGGCCGCGGCGCCCCCCUCCUGGAGCAGAAAGAAGCCCUCCUGGGGGACAGAAGAAGAGAGGCGGGCGCGAGCCAACGACCGAGAAUACAACGAGAAGUUCCAGUAUGCGAGCAACUGCAUCAAGACCUCCAAGUACAACAUUCUCACCUUCCUGCCCGUCAACCUCUUCGAGCAGUUCCAGGAAGUGGCCAACACCUACUUCCUGUUCCUUCUCAUCCUGCAGCUGAUCCCGCAGGUGUCGUCCCUGUCCUGGUUCACCACCAUCGUGCCUUUGGUCCUCGUGCUCGCCGUCACCGCGGUGAAAGACGCCACCGAUGACUACUUCCGCCACAGGAGUGACAACCAGGUGAAUAGCCGGCAGUCUCAGGUGCUGAUCGGUGGAAGCCUCCAGCAAGAGCAGUGGAUGAACGUCCGUGUUGGCGACAUCAUCAAACUAGAAAACAACCAGUUUGUGGCGGCGGAUCUCCUCCUCCUCUCCAGCAGCGAGCCCCACGGGCUGUGUUACAUCGAGACAGCGGAGCUGGAUGGAGAGACCAACAUGAAAGUGCGCCAGGCAAUUCCGGUCACCUCGGAGCUGGGAGACAUCAGUAGGCUUGCCAAGUUUGAUGGCGAGGUGGUCUGCGAGCCCCCCAACAACAAGCUGGACAGGUUCAGCGGGACCCUGCACUGGAAGGGGAGCCAGCUCCCCCUGAGCAACCAGAACAUGCUGCUGCGGGGCUGCGUGCUUCGCAACACCGAGUGGUGCUUCGGGCUGGUGGUCUUUGCAGGUCCUGACACCAAACUGAUGCAGAACAGCGGCCGGACAAAGUUCAAGAGAACGAGUAUUGAUCGCCUGAUGAAUACACUGGUGCUCUGGAUUUUCGGCUUCCUGGUCUGCAUGGGGGUGAUCCUGGCCAUUGGCAACGCCAUCUGGGAGCACGAGGUCGGCGCGCGGUUCCAGGUCUACCUGCCCUGGGACGAGGCGGUGGACAGUGCCUUGGUCUCUGGCUUCCUCUCUUUCUGGUCCUACAUCAUCAUCCUCAACACCGUCGUGCCCAUCUCGCUCUACGUCAGCGUGGAGGUCAUCCGCCUGGGCCACAGCUACUUCAUCAACUGGGACAGGAAGAUGUUCUGUGUGAAGAGGCAGACGCCGGCCGAGGCCCGCACCACCACCCUGAACGAGGAGCUGGGCCAGGUGGAGUAUGUCUUCUCCGACAAGACGGGCACGCUCACCCAGAACAUCAUGGUCUUCAACAAGUGCUCCAUCAGCGGCCGCAGCUACGGGGACGUGUUUGAUGUCCUGGGACACAAAGCUGAAUUGGGAGAGAGGCCACAGCCCGUCGACUUCUCCUUCAACCCUCUGGCUGACAAGAAGUUCUUGUUUUGGGACCCCACCCUCUUGGAGGCUGUCAAGAUGGGGGACCCCCACACACACGAGUUCUUCCGCCUCCUAUCCCUGUGUCAUACCGUUAUGUCGGAAGAGAAGAACGAGGGGGAGCUGUACUACAAGGCCCAGUCCCCGGACGAGGGGGCCCUGGUCACUGCAGCCAGGAACUUCGGUUUUGUGUUCCGCUCUCGCACCCCCAAAACCAUCACCGUCCAUGAGAUGGGCACAGCCGUCACCUAUCAGCUGUUGGCCAUCCUGGACUUCAAUAACAUCCGCAAGCGGAUGUCAGUCAUAGUGCGGAACCCAGAGGGCAGGAUCCGGCUCUACUGCAAAGGGGCGGACACCAUUCUGCUGGACAGGCUCCACCCUUCCGCCCAGGAGCUGCUCAACACCACCACCGACCACCUGAAUGAGUACGCAGGGGAAGGGCUGCGGACCCUGGUUCUGGCCUACAGGGACCUGGACGAAGUGUACUAUGAGGCGUGGGCCCAGCGGCGGCUCCAGGCCAGCCUGGCCCAGGACAGCCGGGAAGACAGGCUGGCCGGCGUGUACGAGGAGGUUGAGCGUGACAUGGUGCUGCUGGGCGCGACGGCCAUCGAGGACAGGCUUCAGCAAGGGGUUCCAGAGACCAUUGCCCUUCUGACGCUGGCCAACAUCAAGAUCUGGGUGCUGACUGGGGAUAAGCAAGAGACGGCUGUGAACAUCGGGUAUUCCUGCAAGAUGCUGACGGACGACGUGACCGAGGUGUUCGUGGUCACGGGCCACACAGUUCUGGAAGUGCGGGAGGAGCUCAGGAGAGCCCGGGAGAAGAUGACGGACUCGCCCCACGCGGUGGAGAACGGCUUCGCCUGCCAGGAGAACCGUCCUUCCUCCAAGCUCGCUUCUGUCCUGGAGGCCGUCGCGGGGGAGUACGCGCUGGUCAUCAACGGGCACAGCCUGAAGGCGCAGGUGGUGGAGCUGGUUAAGAAGCACAAGAAGGCCGUGACCCUUGCCAUUGGGGAUGGAGCCAAUGAUGUCAGCAUGAUCAAAACGGCCCACAUUGGCGUGGGCAUCAGCGGACAGGAGGGCAUCCAGGCGGUGCUGGCCUCCGACUAUUCCUUCUCCCAGUUCAAGUUCCUGCAGCGCCUCCUGCUGGUGCAUGGGCGCUGGUCCUAUCUGCGCAUGUGCAAGUUCCUCUGCUAUUUCUUCUACAAGAACUUCGCCUUCACCAUGGUCCACUUCUGGUUUGGCUUCUUCUGCGGUUUCUCAGCCCAGACCGUCUACGACCAGUAUUUCAUCACGCUGUACAACAUCGUGUACACCUCCCUCCCAGUCCUGGCUAUGGGGGUCUUCGACCAGGACGUCCCCGAGCAGCGCAGCAUGGAGUACCCUAAGCUGUACGAGCCGGGCCAGCUUAAUCUGCUCUUCAACAAGCGCGAGUUCUUCAUCUGCAUCGCGCAGGGCAUCUACACGUCCGUGCUCAUGUUCUUCAUCCCCUACGGCGUGUUCGCCGAGGCCACACGGGACGACGGUGCCCAGCUGGCCGACUACCAGUCCUUCGCAGUCACCGUGGCCACCUCGCUGGUCAUCGUCGUGAGCGUGCAGAUCGGGCUGGAUACAGGCUACUGGACGGCCAUCAACCACUUCUUCAUCUGGGGCAGCCUGGCUGCCUACUUUGCCAUCCUCUUUGCCAUGCACAGCGAUGGGCUCUUCGGCAUGUUCCCAAACCAGUUCCGGUUUGUGGGCAACGCCCAGAGCACCCUGGCCCAGCCCACUGUGUGGCUGACCAUCGCACUCACCACGGUCGUCUGCAUCCUGCCUGUGGUCGCUUUUCGCUUCCUCAAGCUGAGCCUGAAGCCUGAUCUCUCUGACACGGUGCGCUACAGCCAGCUGGUGAGGAAGAAGAGGGCCCAGCACCGCUGCACCAGGAGGGCCGGCCGCACCAGCUCCCGGCGCUCAGGCUACGCCUUCGCCCACCAGGAGGGCUUCGGGGAGCUCAUCAUGUCCGGCAAGAACAUGCGGCUCAGCUCCCUGGCGCUGGCCGGCUUUGCCACCCGCUCCAGCUCCGGCUGGAUCGAGAGCCUGCGCCGGAAGAGGAGCGACAGCCCGGGCAGCCCCGGCGGCGGUGGCGGCGGCGGCUCGGCCGACAAGCCCCUUAAGGGGUGACUGCCCGGCGCCCCGCGCCCCUCCCCGCGGGCUCCGGCCCAGCCAGGGGCUCCAACGCGGAACCAAGAACAGAAGACGAGAUCGAGCUGGGGUCUGCCCCCGCCCGGGGCCUGCGGGGAGGCUCCAAUCUCUAUUUUUCUACUCCCACCCCGAGGGGCAGAGCGCCCCAUUCCCGAACUACAUGAGAAUGUAUCGCCGGAAGCCAGAGUGCUGGGGCCCGCGGCCCAGACGUCGUGUGUGCGUCUCUCCUUGGUUUGUGUCGUGUCCAUUUCCGUUUUGUUUUCUUUCUUUGGCAAGUGGAGGGGCCUCUGAGCGACUUUCACGUUGUGGGAAGAGGAGGCUGGUCCACGGGAGGGGCCCCCACACACACCAGGCCACACAGGGUGGCCGCAUGGGGGCCCCCUGUCCCGGCCUCCGGCUGCUGCUGGGCCCCGGGGGCUGGCCGGGCACAGAGUCGUCUUCCUCACCUUGAGAGUGAAGUGCUCCCCUCCCCAAACACACACCCCUUCCUGGUCCUGAGUCCUGCUGGUUUUGGGCUGGGGCCAGAGAGGGUGGCCGUCCUUCUCAGUGACGUAGGGUUGGGUGUAAGAUGUCGUCCUAAAAAAGAUCCCUUUAAGUGUGGGUCUGGGUUCCCUAGCAGAGUCCUGUCUGUCGUCCCUUCCUCCUCCGGCAUUUUCCUGCGCCUGCGCCGCGCCGGGCCUGGGCCUGCUGGGGGCGCUGCUCCUCCCCUCCCCCGCUCCCCGCAGGGGGCAGGCAGGGGCCACUGUCCUUCCCCCACCGCCCAUCAGGCUUCUCCUGGGCUACUUGGCACCAGUUCAGUCUUGGCGGGGGGAGGGGGGGUGCCGAGGGCUGGCGUGUGGCUGGAAGGGGUGCAGCUCUCACACCCUCCAAGUGGUUGCCUCCAGGGAGGUGCACUGGGCAGGGGAGAGGGAGAGGGGGUCCCUUCUGGCCGCACAGUUUACAAACCCAACAUCAUGUCUGUCUGUGUGUCUCUCAAGGUGAGAGUCUGAUUUUUAUACCAAAGAGGAAAAGAUUUUUUUUCAUAUUUGGUUUGUCUAUAUUCUAUAAAUAUAUAUAUAUAAAUAUAUAUAUAUAUAUACAGUUAUAUAUAUAUUAUUUUUUUGGUUCUCUCUCGUUUUUCAGGGAGGGAAGAAAGUACCAAGUCGCAUUGAGCUGUAAUUAAGGAACAUUCUGUAUAAUUUAUGACACAUUUCUAUACUUGCAAGAAUUCUAUCAUUUUAUGGACGUAAGAGAAAAAAUGCCUUUUUAUAAAAUUCCAGUUUCUGA